AUUUGAUAUGAUAGAAAGAGAAAGAGAGUAAUGAGUUGAAGAAUGAAUCCGAGGGAAAUGGAAAGGAAGACAAAAAAAGGUUGAAACUUGAAAGCGGCAAUGGAAUGGAUGAGCUGGCAAAAUGCGCUGGGUUUGAUUCGACUGACACCCAUUUUGAUUGAACGGUGCAAAUCAAAACGCCACUUUUGCCUCAACCCUUAAAAAUCUCUUCUUUCUCCCCCCCCGCACUCCGUCUCUCGAUUUCAACAUCAAACAAAACAACUCACCACCAUUCAACCCAUUCAAAUUCAUUCAUUCCUUCAAUCAAUCAAAUCAAAAUCCCCUUCUUCUACAUUGCCUUCACUGCGCUUGGCCACUGGAAUCUACCGACAGUUAUCACAAUGGUUUCGCAGCAAUUUACUGUAGAUCUGAAUAAACCACUUGUGUUCCAGGUUGGCCAUCUUGGAGAAGCAUAUCAAGAGUGGGUUCACCAGCCUAUUAUCAGCAAGGAAAGACCUCGAUUCUUCAAAAGCGACUUUUGGGAGUUCUGUACAUGCACAGCAUGGUGGGCGGUUCCACUCAUAUGGCUGCCAGUGGUCUGUUGGUUUGUUUCCAUGUCUGUCAACAUGGGGCACACAUUUUCUCAGAUAUCACUAAUGGUGAUCUUUGGCAUUUCCAUUUGGACAUUGAUUGAAUACAUAGUGCAUCGUUUCCUAUUCCAUAUUGAAACCCAGAGUUAUUGGGGAAAUACCAUGCAUUACCUUAUUCAUGGUUGCCACCACAAGCACCCAAUGGAUAGUCUGCGACUUGUUUUUCCUCCUACUGCAACAGCUGUUCUGUUAGUUCCGUUAUGGAACUUGGUUAAACUCUUUUUCCCAUCAUCUAUGGCUCCUGCUCUGUUUGGAGGCGGGCUUUUGGGUUAUGUGAUCUAUGACGUUACUCACUACUACUUGCAUCAUGGCCAACCCACAGGGGACAUGCCAAAAAAAUUGAAGAAAUAUCAUAUGAAUCAUCACUUCCGCAUCCUGAAUAAAGGCUUCGGCGUCACUUCACCACUUUGGGACAGAGUAUUUGGAACACUUCCUGGAUCUAAAGUAGCUCAGAAGACUAGAUAGCGAAGUUUUAUGGCUCAAGUUUCAGUGAUUUAAAGUACAUAUUUUUGUCUUUAUAUUCAUUGUUUUCCAUUUGUUGCAUCAUGACAAUGCUAAGUGAGAUAGAAGAUUGUAUCAGCUUCGUGCUGUAAAUUAUUCAAGGAUGGAAGGUUUUGUAUAGGACUUGAUGUAGUCUAAUAAUGGAAGAUUCAUCUGUGUCCCAUAUUGUUAUCA